AUGAAGUUAUCAAAAUCUACUUUAAUUGCCACUUUGGCAUUGACUGCUACUUCCACCAAUGCUUUGGUUGUUCAAAACCCUUUUAACAACAUUCAACAAGCAUUGAAAUUGGACUUAUCUUAUGAUAAAUUAACAUCGAAAUUGACUGAUGCUUUUGAACAAGGUAAAGCCAAUAUUAUUAGCACCAUUGCCAAAGUUAUGAAUGAACCAUUGGAUGGGUUAACCCCGGAAAUUAAAAGCAUUUGGCUGGAAAUGUUGAUGAAAUUCCCUAAUUCCGUCACCGAGUUAAAUUUCAAAGCACCACCAAAGAAGGGCAAAAUUACUACUCAACAAUUUGAUUUCCAUGUUACUGAUGCCCUGGUUCCAAACCACAAAUUAAGAAUUAAAUCAACACCAAAGGAUUUAGGUAUUGACACUGUUAAACAGUAUUCGGGUUAUUUGGAUGUUGUUGAUGAAGAUAAACACUUUUUUUACUAUUUCUUUGAGAGUAGAAAUGACCCAAAGAAUGACCCAGUUAUUUUGUGGUUGAAUGGUGGUCCAGGUUGCUCUUCAUUGACUGGCUUGUUUUUUGAAUUGGGUCCAAGUUCAAUUGAUAAGAAUUUGAAACCGGUGUAUAAUCCUCAUUCAUGGAACGCCAAUGCCUCGGUUAUCUUCUUGGAUCAACCAAUCAAUGUUGGUUAUUCAUAUUCCUCUCAAUCUGUUUCUAACACCAUUGCUGCUGGUAAGGAUGUGUAUGCCUUCUUACAAUUAUUCUUCAAGAACUUCCCAGAAUAUGCCAGUUUGGAUUUCCAUAUUGCUGGUGAAUCUUAUGCUGGACAUUAUAUACCAGCAUUUGCCAGUGAAAUUUUAACUCACCCAGAACGUAACUUCAACUUGACUUCAGUUUUGAUUGGUAACGGAUUAACUGAUCCAUUGGUCCAAUACGAAUAUUAUGAGCCAAUGGCAUGUGGGGAAGGUGGCGAACCAAGUGUUUUGGAACCAGAAGAAUGUGACGGUAUGCUUAAUCUGUUACCAAGGUGUCUUUCUUUGAUUGAAUCUUGUUAUGAAAGUGGCUCAGUUUGGUCAUGUGUCCCAGCCACCAUCUACUGUAACAAUGGUCAAAUGGGACCAUACCAAAGAACCGGUAGAAACGUUUAUGACAUUAGAACCAUGUGUGAAGGUUCCAGUUUGUGCUACAGCCAAUUGGAAUACAUUGAUCAAUAUUUGAAUUUACCUGAAGUGAAAAAGGCAUUAGGUGCUGAAGUUGAUGAAUACCAAUCAUGUAACUUUGAUAUCAACAGAAACUUUAUGUUUGCUGGUGAUUGGAUGAAACCUUACCAAAAGAACGUUAUUGAUUUGUUAGAAAAGGAAUUGCCAGUUUUGAUUUAUGCCGGUGACAAGGAUUUCAUUUGUAAUUGGUUGGGUAAUCAAGCUUGGACUAACAGAUUGGAAUGGAGUGGAUCUAAUGGAUUCAGUAAGGCUCCUGUCAAGACUUGGAAAGUGGGUAAGAAUGCUGCUGGUGAAGUUAAAAACUACAAACACUUUACAUUUUUGAGAGUGUUUGGUGGUGGCCAUAUGGUUCCUUAUGACCAACCUGAAAACGCUUUAGAUAUGGUCAAUAGAUGGAUUAGUGGUGAUUACAAAUUUUAA